GAUUGUUGCGUAAAGGACUGGCACAGGAUGCGUUUAAAUAGCCACGCUCACAAACUUUCACGCAUCACAAGUCCUUCAGCUCUGCACACUGGUUUUGCGCUUCGUGAAGAUGCGUUGCGCACUUUCCAAUCUGCACGUGCUGCUCUCCUCCGUCCUCGCGCUGUGGAUCACGGCUCUCCAGGGAUUCAGACCUGCGGAUGCUGCCCCUAACCCCUCUCCCCUCCUGGGCUCCAGCUGGGGGAACCCGCGGAGGUACAUCCACCUUCAGACCACCUCGGACUUAAACAACUUCUACUUGGAGAUCAGUCCGAAUGGACAUGUGCGCAAAACUACAAACCGGGGGUCCUACAGUGUUAUUUUAUUGAAAGCAGAGAGCAGAGACCGUCUGGCAAUAUUUGGAGUGAAAAGUAACCGAUUUUUGUGCAUGGACGCAGGAGGAACUCUUUACACAUCUACUGUUUGCAAUAAGGAAGACUGUCUGUUUCACCACAAACUUUUGGAAAACCAUCGUGACGUUUAUUACUCCACCAAUCAUGGCAUACUGCUUAACCUGGACGGGGCGAAACAGGUGUUCAUAGCGGGACAAAACCUCCCUCAGUCCUCUCUCUUCUUAUCCGAGAAGAACACUGUUCCACUGGAGCGCCUGCAGCACCGGGAGAGGAGGAACCGGCAGGUGAAUCCAUCAGACCCGCUGAACGCGCUCCGGUACGGAGAGGCGUCAGACUCUAGAGCUGCUCAAGAGGACGAUGGGGACCCAGACUCUGAGCCGUCAGAAGGUCGAAACAUCUCCAGGGAGACUUUGGUUUCUCCUUCCGAUGAUGACCCGUGGGAUCUUCUUCACGACACGAGCCCCGGCAGUCCCCGGGUUUCAGCAGUUGUUGGAUAAACUUACAGAUUGUCAUUCUGGCGUGACUGUUGAACCGCAAAGUUUGAGUGUGCCACCAUAAUAUUUUCAUCAUAAAUAAGUGUUUUUAAGGACAUAUAUUUCAAACC